AUGAAGAGCUUCCGAUUGCUCCCGGCACUAAGCCUCAUACUUGCAUCCGCGAGCCAGGUGUUGACCGUGACUCCUAUGCCGGAGAGCGUUGCUCAGGGCGGCGAAGGGAUGCGCUUUCUCUGGGCGCAAGUCCAGGAUGGGGUUUUACAUCGGGAGCUGCCUGGUGAGCUUCGUGCUCAUGAAGCGGCCUGGAUCGACUUCUUGCACACCGACGGCAAACGGAUUAUCAACGACUACUACCUCGCUCUGCCAAGGAGCAGUCGUCCGACCGCUCCGCUUUGGAGAAAGAAACUGCUCAGCCUGGCAGCCGGCGACGAGACGUACUACACCUCGGCACGCUGGGAGGGACAUCGCAAGGCGAUCGCCGAACAACUCGUCACCACGUUUGCCGAGCGACAGCUAGCCGAACGAGCUGCGGCACAAGCAGCUCAGACAGCCCAGGAGCGCGCUGCACAACAGAAGAAGGCUUGGGGCAGGUCGCUCAGUCUCGGCAGAGUUGGGUGGUAG